AUAUAAUAAAUAAAUCUAAAAAAAAUAAAUUUCGCUGUGUGCCUAUUCGGGGUUAGUUGUUUAUCUAUAUGCAUAGACAUUGCUUAAGGUGAGUUGUAGACUUUACCCGAAGGUCACGAGAUCAAAUCCGGGCUAGCACUUUUUAGUAGGUACUUUGUUUUUUGUUUAGUGGUGAAGGCACGUCGCAGGAAAACUUUUCGAUAAAAUUGCAUGAAGAGACUGUUAUAUUAUUGUAAGAUAUACGUACUUCAAUAUAUCAGGCACUUCAGGCAAAAGAUAAAGUAAUAAUAGAUUCAUUGAUAGAAUACGAUACAUUUAUGUAUACUAAAAAUUUAUCCAUACCGCGUUAACUUCUAAGCGUAAACUAUAAGGUUUUGUGAAUCAGCCUUUGUUAAAUUUGCAGGGCACGGUUAGAACGGACUAAAGAUAUGACAUAAACGGGUUUUUCUACGGUGAAUCGAGAGACGCAUAUCAUAAGUCCACACACGUUGUUAUGAGGCACUUUUAAACGCUAGUUACGAGGGAUUAGAUAUCUGCUUGUCGAGUAAAGAAUACUUAGUGUUUAUUAAUAUCAAAAGUGUUAUUAAUAUCGGAAAAUUAUGAAGGAAUAUCUAUUUUGUGUAUUCAUUUUCUUAGAUUUGGGCAAUCAAAUAGUAUUUGGUAAUUAUUUAACUAAAAACAACGACGUGAUCAACUUGGAUAAAAACGAUUGUAAUCAAGACAGAGUUAAUUCUGGGGAAGCCCCUUGGAAACCUAUACAUCAUAAUGAAAGAUAUUCUGAUGACGAGGAAGAAAACUAUCGAGAUAAAGUGUUUUUUCCUGACGACGAUGACGAUGCCCCAAGCAAUAAUUCGCCUAAUCCACAUAAUAUUGAAACAUGUUUGAAAUCAUGUAAUAAUGUGGACACAAACUACGAUCCCGUCUGCGGUACAAACUCUGUCACUUACAUCAAUUUGAACCAUUUAGAAUGCGCCAUGAAUUGUGGAGUAGAUGUUCGAAUUCAACGAUUGUCAGCGUGUCCUGGAUGGUUACAGACGACUACAAAACCACCGAUAGUAACACAAAAUGAGGCGUUGAAAUCUUGUUUGUUAUUAUGUCCUACAACACAAGAAUACAACCCUGUAUGUGGUACUGAUAAUAUUACAUAUUAUAAUUACGGAAGACUGUUCUGUGCUCAAGUAUGUGGUGUGGAUGUCCAAAUGGAGCGACAAUCUCCGUGUCCAAAGCAAUCUAAGUCCACAACAGAUCCAAUUGUUACCACGAGCCAAUUAAAACCUUACGAACUAAGUAAAGAAUUCCUCUUAUGUUUCCAAAUAUGCCCAACAACAUCGGAAUAUGAUCCAGUUUGUGGGACCAACCAAAAGACCUACUAUAAUAUCGCUAAACUACAGUGUGCUAAAAAUUGCGGAAUCGAAGGAUUUAAAAUACCUUGCUUAGACACUUCACCUGAAUGUUUAAAGCGAUCACUUCAAGUUAUUUUACCCGAAUUUAUACAUGGAAUUCCUGAAUUAAACAUCACGUCGUUAGAUCCUUUUGAGGUAGACAGCUUAGUUUUGAAGCUUUCUGGAGACAUUACGAUCGAGUUCAAAGAUGCCUAUACGAAAGGUCUUCAUAAAUGCAUAGUUGAUUAUGUAAGACAAAUGGAAAAAGACAAAUUCGAUGUGCAAUUUGAAUGCAACCUGAUAAGUAAGGGAAAAUAUCGGUCUUCAGGAAGACUCUUCACGUUCCCCAUUAAUGGAGAAGGGCAGUCGACAAUAAAAUGUAGAAGUUUGAAGAUACACUGCAUCUUACAUUUGUCAUCUGUGACAAAAGCAGAUGGUAAAAACUACGUGCAAAUUAAAAAUUUAAAAACGACACACUCCUUUGAAGGUCGCGUUAGUUAUAACAUGACAAACCUCUUUAAAGGAAACCCUGACAUGAGUAAAACAGUUCUGGAUUUUAUUAACAAAAAUUGGCAAAUAGUAGCAGAAGAGUUUGGAAGCCCUAUAAUCGAAUUUUGUAUACAUUCUAUAAUGGAUAACCUCAAAAAACUAAUCAAUGCGGUUCCAUUAAAUAACCUCCUAAUAACGUGAGCCUCACGACAUUUUAAGGCUCACGUUGUUAUAGAAUUAACCCUGUUAAAUAAAAUUAUAUUUUCACAUGUUAAAAUAUAACCAAUUACGUUUGAAUAUUAAUUUUAUAACUUUAAUUAAAUAGCA